CACGGUUCACAUCGAAGAUGGCGGCAGGCUUCGACCUGCUGGUGGAGGAGGAUUCUCUAAUUAAAAGAGUGGCCGAGAAACUUUUUAGCGAUAUCGCAGGUUGUGCCAGGAGCGAGCGCAGCACAUUUCGUUACAUUAACUCCGCGGAAAGAGCACGGGCUGUGGGAAAGAACAAUGCUAACUACGGGAUAGGAGGGAAUGCAACUAGCUAACGUUAACAUUUGUGAGCAAAGAAGCUAUUGGCUACGAGACUUGUUUUUAAAACAGGUAGAAAACCUCACUGUGUGAUUAAAAAAAAAAAAAAAAACCCGAGCUACAUGGUUAAAGUGUUUGUCCAGGACGAGAGUUAGAGCGGUAAGGACGCUCGGUAGAGCCGCGUUUCCUCCACCGGGAGCCGCGCGCGCUCUCCUCUCCUGACUGUCUGUCUCUCUCUCACACAUUCACACACUCUCCGCGCGUUUGUUUCCGACUUCGCAGAGACAGGCGCACGGUGUGUGAGUAGAGUUGUUGUGGAUGCGAAUUAAACGCUCACGGAUCACACCGGACACUUCAGCGGAGCACGGUUAACGCGAUCCGGUGUCUCCUAAUGCUAUGGUAACUACUUUGCCUGGUCACGAAGUCAAGCUCGGGACGUCAACAGCGCAAACUUUGGACGGAGGCGAUGCGAUGGAUCCGCGUUCAGACAGCACGCCAGCGUCAUCGAGCGAUCCCGCGAGCGUUCCAGCGCCCGUUAACGUUACCGUGCCGGUGGUCAACAACGGGCCCGGAGUAGCGAAAGGACUCGCGAAUGCACCUUCUACUUCGGGCACGGUGAUCCAGGCGUCCUUCGUGACCGCGCCAGGCGGAACACCGGCCAUCAGGCCGUCUAUGCAACCCGCGACUUUAACCAUUAACGGGAGUAACAGUAACGCCGUGCUCGCCACCGCGCAGCCUCCUGUCAACGCGAGCGCGGCGGCGGCACCGAUCAAAGCCGAGUCGCCGCAGACCGUGAUCCAGAGCGCGGCACAUACCGGAUCUCCGCAGGUCUCCCCUGGGGCAGCCAAAGGCGCUGGACUGAUGCACGCGACGACGGCGGUGAGAGGCGGGGCCCCGGUGACAGGAGGCGUGGCUCCGGUGGCGGCGGCGGCGGCAGCAGCAGCCCCUACGGGGGGCGUCAGGACUAUCGCGCCGCAACAGGUGCUCGCGCCCCGCCUCCCGCAGAGCACCCCGGGCCAGGCAAGCAUCCACAACAUCCAACUUCCUCCAGGUAUGGUGUUAGUGCGAAGCGAAGCGGGCCAGUUGCUCAUGAUCCCUCAGCAAGUGUUGGCACACAUGCAGGCCACACGUGCCACCACUCCUGCCAGCACCACACCCGGACAGGUCACCUCCACACAGACUCCUGGGGCUCCCAUCAUGGCCAGACCUGUGACUCCCACCAUCAUCAAACAGGGCUCACCCACAACCAGUAGCACCACUGCUCCUGCACUGCAGAGGCCUCCUGUGCAGCCACCAUCGGUGGGCUCUGUGCUGGCAGUGCAGCCAGGCACCGCCCAGAGGAUGGUAACUCCCACUACGGGGACCAGCGUCACCUUGGCAACGGAGACGAUGGAAAACGUGAAGAAGUGUAAGAACUUUCUGUCCACGCUGAUCAAGCUGGCGACCAGCGCUAAGCAGUCAUCGCAGACGGCUGCUAACGUCAAAGACCUGGUUAAGAACUUGCUGGAAGGGACGAUUGAAGCAGAGGACUUUACCAGCAGGUUAUACAAGGAGCUUAACUCUUCACCCCAGCCUUAUCUCGUGCCUUUCCUCAAGAGGAGUCUUCCUGCGCUGAGAAAGCUCACCCCGGACUCCCUGGCCUUCAUCCAGCAGAGCCAAGGCCUGCAGCCCACUAAACCUGCAGCCACCGUGGUGCUGACCAACACUACGACGGCUAACGCUGCCACUGUUGCUCCCACCGCUCCUGCUGCAUCUGUCCCUCCUGUGACUCUGUCGAUUUCUGCAGGCAGCGUCGUUACCGCCGCAGCUGCUGCAGUCACGGCCCCGCGCACGCUCACCCAGCCCGCUCUCGCCACCUCUAGCCAGCCUGCCUCACUGGUGUUACAGCCUCAGCAACAGGCUGCGAUUGUGAAGCCUCCCCAAGUUACCCUAGCUACUCCAAUGGUAACGCUCAGGGGUCAGCCGCACAGCCGCAUUGUCGUGGGGCAACCUCAAGUGCAGGUCAAACAGCUCAACACAGUGGCUGUGAAUCCGGGGAUGGUGAGUGGAGCGAAGGUCUCUCCCAGCCCUGUAGCUCUGAGCGCAGCUCAGAAGAACAAGCUGAAGGAUGCCUCCGGGGGGACGUUCAAGGAUGAUGACGAUAUCAAUGACGUAGCCUCCAUGGCUGGUGUAAACCUGUCGGAGGAGAGCGCGCGGAUCCUGGCCACCAACUCGGAGUUAGUGGGAGCCGUGACUCGCUCGUGCAAGGAUGAAGCCUUUCUGUUCUCAGCCGCGCUGCAGCGCAGGAUACUGGACAUCGGUAAACGGUUCGGAGUGACAGAUCUGGGCGCUGAGGUGGUCAACCUGGUUUCUCACGCCACUCAGCAAAGACUGCAAAACCUUUUAGAGAAAGUCACCGUCAUCGCACAGCAAAAGAACAUGAACUAUAAGGAGGACGCACGGUUCGAGCAGGUGACUGAUGUUCGAGCACAGCUGAAGUUCUUCGAACAGCUGGACCAGCGGGAAAAACAAAAGAAGGAAGAGCAGGAGAGGGAGAUUCUAAUGAAGGCAGCUAAGUCUCGGUCUCGGCAGGAGGACCCAGAACAGUUGCGGUUGAAGCAAAAGGCCAAAGAGAUGCAGCAACAGGAGCUUGCUCAGAUAAGACAGAGGGACGCGAACCUGACGGCGCUGGCUGCUAUCGGACCCAGAAAAAAGAGGAAACUUGACUCGCCCGCUCUUGGCACUGACGCAGAGGGUUCCGGGUCUUCAUCGAGCUCGUCUGUGGGUUUGAGUGGCGGCACAUCACGGCAGUUCACCCGCCAACGGAUCACACGCGUAAACCUCAGGGAUCUGCUCUUCUGCCUAGAAAACGAGAGAGAGAGCAGUCGCUCGCAGCUGCUCUACCGGGCUCUGCUCAAAUAGCAGCUCGAUCAGCGAGCAGCGCUCACGUGAAUGUCGGAUUACAGAGCAGUGCACGCACAGCAGCGCUCAGGUCUCGGCUCCUUUUUCAGAGCAGUGCUCAAACAGAAGCUGGAGUAUAGAGCACUACAGAGCAGCAGCCUGAUUACAGAGCAACAGAGUACAGACUGCGGCUCGAGCCGACGGGCUGCGUUUAAACAGCGGCGUCUCCGAUGGAUGCGGCUCCAACGGAUGCUGCUGCAAUAGUGAAUCCCUCUACUGUGCACAGCUCGAGUAGCGGAAACCGAACAGCAGCGCUGCUCACAUAGCAACCGGGCUCUCCUGCUCCAUCUCGCUUCCAGUCGUCGUCUUCUCUCUUUUCUCUUCCAGGGCGUCAUCUCAUCUCAUCUCCGCCUUUCCUUUUCAUGCCAUCUUUGUAUCGAUUUCACUCUCGUCCUUUGUUCGCUCUACACUCUUUUCUAACUCAGUCAUUCAAACGCCCACACGAUUCUCUGAGGUCUCUUACUCCUGUCCGCCUUUGUUUCCCAGCUCACUCUGUUUCACCUUGUUUUAGCUUCCCGUCUUGAUUUUAAUCUAAUGGAAAUGUGUCUAAAGAAAUUUGCAGUUAUAUAUCCAAUGUUUUUCUUAGAGGGUGGCUUUGUAAUGUGCAAAUUGCCGAUGUUUAAAAAAAAAAAAAAAGAAAUCAAAAAAAAAAAAAGAAUAAUACACAAUGAAACUGCCCAUUCAUUUUGUAUUUGUGUUUUUAUAAAAGAGGUUUUAAGAAAUAAAAAUCGAGAUUGUUUCUAUAAAA